AUGAAUUUUCUUCAGCCCUAUGGUUGUUGCUUUUAUCCUUAUCGUCCACAAAUAUAUUAUAAUUGGCAAGCCGAGAACAUUCAAGAACAAAAUUCUGCUGCUACAACUUAUAAGCAAGAAGUAGUAUAAUGGCUGUUCACUUUGGAAUAAUCUGAGUUGUAUAAACUAUUUCAGAUAAAAGGAUAAAUAAGAACAUUUCCAAUAAUGAAAAUGUAUAUACAUGAUAAACAAUUUCAGCCUUCGAAUUAUGCACUUCUUCAAAAGGCUACAAUUAAAUUAGAGUCUAAAAUUGAUGAUAACUAGUUUAUAAUCAAAACGAGAGUCUCUCACAAAAAAACAGAUGAAUUAUAUGAAAAGCUGAUGAUUUUUGAUGAUGAAAAUUUUCUAGAUACAAUUAUAGUGAGCGAACCUCACUUAGAAAAUUUGAGCAGCUUUCUUGAAUUGUUAGAUGAAACUAGUGAUAAAUAUUUUCUUUCUACCUCUCCAAAAUCGAAUUUAGAAAAGGCAGAAGACCCUCUUUGGUUUCAUUAGAAUAGCUUUCAUAGUUGUUCAGCCUGGAUUAUAAAGGAAUUCGAGAAAAAUAUUAAUUUUUAUUACAACAUACAAAGAGAUAAAAAGAAAAAAUAUAGAUUUUAAACAUAGAUGAUAACUAGAAAUAACUCCAAAGAUCUACAGGAAUACUUUGAAAAGAAUCUGGCUCACAAUAAAGAGAAACUCAGCUAUUAUUUUGAAUAAAUAUACACAGAUAUCAAAACCCAUCCAAAUGAAUUGGAUAAUAUCUUUUACGAAAAUAUAUUUUCAGGGACUGCUAUUAAAUUAAUCAAAUCCUAGGUUGAACUCUCAUCUAACUUUCAAUAAAAAUGUCACUCUGAUGCCAACAUCAUCAAUUCUAUGUUAAUCUUUUCAAUGUCAGAUUUAUUAGAUUAGAAGACUUAUUUCCUAAAGAAAUUCUAUUAGAUUGUGAUUCAAUUGUUUUAAGAACAUUUGGAGAAUGAACUAUUCAACAGUGAAUUAUAAAUUAAGAAGAAAAAAGACAAGAAAAAGUUAAAGAAAAAAAAGUCCGAAAAAAUUGAAUAUAAGAAAACUCUUGAUCCUAUUGAAUUGAAUCAACGUCUCUCAAGCAAGAAUUUAUAAGACUCAAACAUACUAAGAUUUUCGAGAUCGUAUUCAUAAAAUAAUUUUGCCUAUUCUUAUGUGACACCACCAAAUACACCCUCAGCUUGGGAAAAUAGUGAUGAUCAGAAUGAAGUGAAUGCUCAAAGCUGUCAAUCUCAGAAAUAACAGAAAAAUGAAAGAUAAAAAAAUGUUUUAGAAAGUCAAAGUAUUAUUGAAUUAGGAUAAGCCAAUAUCUCUCAAGCCUUUGUAGAAAAUUCGUAAUAUCCAACUAAUGAUGACUUUGUAGAAUACACUCGAACAAUAACUGCAAAUAUUUUAGAAAUAGUAUUUGGAUCUUUGGCAGAUGAAUAUGCAUACAAAGAUGAAGUGAUAAAAGAGAAAAAAAAGAUUAAGAAGAAAUAGAAAACAGUUUGGAGAUCUAUCCCAGAAAGCAGAGACGAAUAGAUGUAACUAUAAUCUCCUGAAUCUGAAAUUACCAGAUUCUCUGUAGAAACCUAGGCUUAAACUAUAAGAAGUCUCUGCUCAAAUAGAACUGCUUCUACAUCAGAGGAGGAGAAGAAAUAAAGAUUGAAAACAAGAAAGUCUGCAAUUCGAUUUGAGUAAUAGGAAACUGAAUCAAUCUCAUCAUCUAAUUAGAUAUAGGAUGGCAGUCUAAAGGAAUAAAUUGAAAAUGUCUAAUAAAGAGCACAAUAGAAAUUAAUUGAAUAGAUUAGUUAUGAUAUUGUUGAAUUCACUGAUAACAUUAUGAAUGAUUAUGAAGAGAUGUUACCCUUUAGACUUCUAGCUUUUGACAGAAUUAAACUAGUAAUUUAGAAGGUGUUCUAUGGAAUACCUGAUGAUAUGAUAUAGUAAGAAUAUAAUCAAUAUCAAGAUUGUUUGGUUCUUGUGCUACUGGAUUGGCAUUAAUUGAUUCGGAUAUAGAUAUUGGCAUUAGUGGAUUUUAACCUAUGA